AUGCCUAGUUUCGACUCUCCGCCCACGAGUCUGGACAUGCUCUCAGCCCCUCGGCGACGGCCCCCGCGGUCGCCAUCGCAGUCGGCACGUAUCCGCGUGCAGAACCGUCGCGCCGAGUACCUCCUACGCAACCCAGACUAUUUCAACUCGACCGACCACGAGCUUGCCGACCCGCUGCUCUAUGACUUCUUGGUGCGGCGGUUCCAGACGCCCGCCGAGCGAGAGGCCGAGGGCCGCGCCAAGGGCUACGCGCGCGUGCUUGAAGGGUCGCUGCUGCGCGGCGAAGAGCGCCUCGCCAAGCUCGAGGACCUGGAGACGGAGAUGGCGGCGCCGCCGAGGACGCGGGCGGGCGGGCGGCAGCAGUGGGAGGCGUACCUGCGCGACCGCUUCAUCCGCGGCGGCGACGACGACUUCGAGUACGCCCGCAUCGACGGCGACGACGAGUACGACGUGCUAGAGCGCGCCGAGCAGGAGGACGCCUGGUUCGAUGAGGAGGACCCCAGCUGGGCCAGCGACUCGCCCGCUGCUAGUAGCAAUAGCAGCAGCGGUGCUGGCGCCCACGACCGACGGCCGGUCGAGAGGAUUCUGACGGGUGAGACGGGCAUCCAGGACUUUUGA